GGUCAGUAUUUACUGUCUGUUCUUAAUUGCGUAGAAACCAGUUUGGAAUAAACCACAUUGCUGUGGGUCUGGAGUCAGACUUAAACCAGAUCAAGAAAGCUUGGUAGAUUUUCCUCUCUAAAAGACGAGAGUGAUCCAAAUUAUUUUUUAUGACAAUCAACAGCAGUCCAAUGGUUGCAAUUAGGCCAGAUUUUUAUACCAGAUUUUCAACAAAUUCAGACUUCAUUACCAGCCAUGGUGGACUGAAUACUCAUGCCCCAGAACACUAGCUUGUGGCUGAGCAUUACUAGCCCGGUGAGAUUAUUAUCUUGCACUGUGUCCCUGAAAUCUUAACUGAUUAGUCACUCAGGAAAUGUUAGACAUUAAAACCCACACCAGCUCCUGGAUAACUACAAAAUUGACCUCCCAACCACUCAUAUUGAGCCCAGCCCUCACCUGACAACCCCUCAUUGAUAUCCCAACACCCUGACUACUAAUAAUUCCCUACCAAUCCCCCAUUCACCCUUGCCAGAUUGUUAUCCAAAUGCUCUUGCUGACCAUUUGCCUAAUCCCUGACCAGACCUCACUAAACCCAACCACUUGAUAUUUUCCUACUGCUCCUCGUCUGACUAUCCCCAAACACAUACCCACCUGCCAGCUUACCUAACUACCCAGCUCGCAUGUGCCAUCCAGUUCACCUACCAUCCUACUCAGCUGCCAUUGUUACCCACCUUGCAAUUGCACUCAGUUGCCACCACCCAGCACAUUUGGCACUUCACUAACUUUCCAACCAUACUCAUUUACCAUUUUAUCAACCCACUACCUGAUCCAUUACCCUACCCACCUACCACCUACGUACCUAUUCACUUACAACAACCACCGACCCAACCAUUCACUCACUUAACAUUCACUAAUAUUCAGACUGGACACUUAAACUUACCAUAUGGCAGAUACUGCUGUGAAAAGGGAUCAGAGGCAUGGCCUGACAUCCCUUGACUUUCCUUCAAUGUGAUGAAGCACUCGGGGAGACACACUGUCCACAUUUCUGGAGAAGCCGGUUUGGAAGGUCCGGCAAGAACUGUUGAGUUGUGUUGAUUGGCGACCUUGAUGAAUGCUGCUUCUCAGAAGAGGAACCAACGUAUUUGAGCAGUUUGAACAGUGAUCAAGGUCUUGGCUUGGCCUCUUUAAGUGUCAUCUAUGCAGCUCUUAUCCUGUCUUCAAUGUUUCUUCCACCGCUGAUGAUAAAGUAUCUUGGUUGUAAAUGGACCAUUGUUAUCUCCAUGUGCUGCUACGUUACAUUUUCAAUCGGCAAUUUUUAUCCUAGCUGGUAUACACUAAUUCCCACUGCAAUAAUUCUUGGUACAGGAGGAGCGCCACUUUGGUCUGCUAAAUGUACCUAUCUUACCAUUUGUGGUUAUCAAUUUGCAAAAAAACAUAGUAAGAUUGGAGAAAACGUAGUAAACCACUACUUUGGGAUAUUCUUCCUUGUAUUCCAGUCAUCUGCUGUUUGGGGUAAUCUGUUGUCUUCAUUAAUAUUUCAAUACAGUUCCAAAAAAGCUAACAUCACUGAUGAGAUUUUAGCAUACUGCGGACCUAACAAUUGUCCACAACAUGAUUCAAAAGUCUCUCAAAAUGUCACAUCUGUCCACCAUUCAAUGGCUGUGAUCCACACACUCUCAGCUAUUUACACCGGUAUUGGUAUAGGAGGAGUACUUCUUGUUGCUUUCUUUCUGGAUCACCUCGAUAAAAAGGAAGUGCAGGAUUUCAAACAGAAGGAAAUAAAAGUUUUGGCUGUCUUAGUGGCUACCUUUACGCAACUAAAGGACAAGCGUCAAUGUCUACUCAUUGUCAUGACAAUGUACAGUGGGUUUGAACAAGGCUUCCUUGCUGGAGAUUAUACAAAGGCAUAUGUCACUUGUACAAUUGGAAUACAAUUUGUUGGUUAUGUCAUGAUCUGUUUUGGUGCUUCAAAUUCCAUUUUCUCUGUGAUAUUUGGAAAAAUGUCAAAAUAUACUGGGCGAAUGCCACUGUUUGCCUUUGCAACCAUCACAAACCUUGCAUCAAUAAUGGCAUUGUUUUUAUGGAAUCCACGACCAGAACAAAUGCCAGUGUUUUUUGUGUUCCCUUCUCUUUGGGGAAUGGCUGAUGCUAUUUGGCAGACACAGACUAAUGCUCUUUAUGGAGUCCUAUUUCUGAACAACAAAGAGGCAGCAUUUGCUAACUACCGACUGUGGGAAUCUGUGGGAUUUGUUACAGCGUUUGCUUAUGCAAACUUCUUGUGUAUAGAAAUCAAACUCAUUAUCUUGGUGGUAGUUCUGUUAUUAGGCAUGAUAAUGUAUGGAACUGUAGAAUAUAUUGAAUAUGUUCAGCAUGGCAGUGAAAAUCCUCACACAAUUUCACAAAUUUUACGUGGCGAGCAUCUAAAAACAACGAAAGAGAAGCCAAAUGAACUGGAAGAGGAAGGAAAAGAAGAAACGGAAACCACUGAUGUAAAAUCUGUUGAUGAAAAUAAUGCUGAAACCUAAAAACAAAAUUUUUGAGGCAGUUAUAUGAGUAGCAUUCUGUUUGGUGCUUCAGCAUCUACAUUCUUCUAAAGAUCAACUAUACACUUCAAAAUAUUGUUUUUUUACAAUUCACUUCAAUGUAAUUUUCUAAACAUUGUGUUAAAUUUAUAAUGACCAAGAUUGUAUUCUAUAAUAUUAUAUAUUUAACAGAAUUAGAUAAUGUAACUGAUUUGUAACAUUAGUAGAUCCAUGAAUUGGAAUAAAAUAGACUUUAGUUCAUAGGAUAUUUCAGCUAUUUUUUGAAACUCUUACCUAGUUCAGUAACAUAAGUAAAUGUGUUGAGGAAAAUGUCAAAUCUCUAAGUCACAAAAACAUUUGCAGCAACUUAUACUGCAACAGCCCAUUCAGGGUCUUUAAAUAACUAUCACUUUUGAUGCAUAACCACAACUUGUUGAAUAUCCUAAGGUAUGUUAGUACUUUUACCUUGGAAAUUAGUCUACAAAUUCCUAUUAUCGUGCUCAUGGUGAUGGCAGUGCUUGUAACCUGAAAUAAAUUUCUCCAAUUCCUGUUUAAAUGGUAAUACUAUUUUCUUCUGUAUCAAAAACAAGAUCUUAUGCUAGACCCUAAACAAACAUUUGUCGUAAGGGUGAGAGUAAAUUUACUGGAGUAUUUGAUUAAAGGCACCUGUGUUAAUUUGUGCACUGUUUAAUACCUGGAGAAGGGACAAGAUGACUAAAAACCAAAAUUGAAAGGGUAGCUCUGACAGAAUGCUUUGAGCUUGGAAAAAUGAUGGCAAAACUAGAUGUAAAUUCUACACGUGAUUGCAAAAUGGCUGAAACUUCUACCAUGGAUCGCAGAAUGGAGUGCACACAGCACAUGGGUUUGAAGAAGGAUGCAUAGCUAGGAAAAGGCAAUUCCAUGUACAGAUUUGCAAAUCAGGAUAUGUAUUUUAAACUCAAGACAGAGUUCAUUAAGUAUUUGGGUUAAGAUACACUGUGAAUUGCAGGUGCUAGCUAGAUUGAAAUAUAUGCAAAAUACCCUUGCUUAAAUAGCAGGUGUAGAGGUUUGUGGAAAUAACAGGAAUGGAUCGAUUUCAAAGCCAAAAGAAGGAAUGUUUCUAUAGUUGAAUUCUGGUGUUUUAUCAUUAUUUAAGAAGGUUACACCGACAAGGACAUAACGAACAGGCAACAGUGUUCUUAACAAUAGGUGAAAUAUUCUAAAACAUGUACUGUGCACUUAGUUGAAUAAAUUUUACCAUAUUAAGUUUGUCAAAUUUAAUAAAUUAUGCAUGAUACUUUAAUCAGUUACUCAUUUUGUGUCCAUUAUCAGUGCCAUUUAGAUUAUUACAGGACACAGAGGAGUUCUGUUGCUAAAACAUAGAAAGGUAAAAUAAAAAGUGAAAAUGCCAAAAAGAUGUUAUUUUCAACUUUUUAACUGCUCCAUAACCUGAGCUGCAGUGGAAAUAUUUGGGAAAGAUUAAGAGAGACUUUCUAUCUAUUUCUUUUCUAUCUGAAAGUAUUAUCACAUACAACUGAACUUCUUUUUUCCCCACCACCUAAUCACCCAUUUUUAAUCUAUUAAUACCAGCAGCAAAUCACCCGUGUUCUAAUUGAUUAAUUUACCUGCAAAGCCUGUUAAAGGUGAUACAGUAACACCAAAGUUGAGGGAGAGAUAGGGAGAGAGGUGGUGAGGAGUUGGGGGAAUAACUUGCUGUUUAUAACAAUUUAUCAUGGUAAGUGAGCAUUUGUUACUCCUAACUGCAGUAAUGAGUUACAAAUUGAUGUUGAUGAGUCUGAUGAAGAAAUUUUUAUAUUUGGUGAAGUUUGAUAAUUCCAAAUACUCUAGUGUCAAUGUGGUUCAUGUUGGAUCAGUUAAUCCACAGUGAUUUAUUUGCUGAUGGGAGGGACCAAAAGCUCUAAACCCAACGGCAUUACAUUAUUGUGUUUGUGGCACAGUUCAUUGCAUGCUAGCCUUGGAAUAAGAGGCUGAUAUGUUCUAGCUCCAUGUCAGAGACUUCAACAUAAAUUCAUUGACAGUGGGAAGCUUUCAGAUGAGAUGUUAAACUGUAGACCCUGUUUGACCUCCCAAGUGGUACUAUCCUUACACUGCAUUAUUUCAAAGAAAGGGCAGGGCAACUAUCCUUGAAGUUCUGGCCAAUAUUUAUCUCUCAACAUCACCAAAACAUUAUCUUGUCGUUAUUACCUUGCAGCAGUGCAUAAAUUGGUUGCUCUUGCACAAGGUUGGUUACAUUUCAAAACAGUACUUUAUUGACUGUAAAGUAUUUUGGGAUGCUCUAAUUGUGAA